UGCAAAAAAGGAGGAAAGAAAGAACCCUAGUUGGACUUGGAGGUUGGAGGGUGUACAAUUACAUAUUUGUUUUAACCAAAACUGAAAUGGGCAUUUUUGUUCAUUUCCCAGUUGUGUAAUUUCAUUUGUACUCUUGUCUUCUUGUUGUUGAAGAUCCAUUUGAUUUCCCCCAUUUCGCAAAAGUAGUUAAAUCACAAACUCUUUUAACUUGAAAAACUCUCUUUUCUCUCUCUCUCUCACAUUUUCAGAAAUGGAACCGAGAGAAGUACAAAGUCCGGCAGGAGGAUUACAGGUACAACAACCUCAACAGAUGCUAAUGGGACACACAUCUUCGUCGUAUCCUUCAAACUCCGGCUUAAUCAGUUCUAAUCCAACGGCUAACAACAUCCCUCCUUCUUCCACUCCUUGUUUCCCUUUCAACUCACUGUCUUCGCCGGUGCCGCUGCAGCGUCAUCAGCAGCAGCAGCAGCAGCAGCAGCAACAGCAGCCCAAACCGUUGGAUUCUUUGAAUUCCGUUGGCUUUGAUGGAUCGCCGCAGUUCCGGUACAACACGGAACCGGCGGCCAUGAAGAAGAAGCGAGGUAGGCCUAGAAAGUAUGCUCCUGAUGGUAACAUUGCACUUUUACAAUUGGCACCGACCACCCCAAUUGCUUCUAACUCCGCGAAUCAUGGCGAUGGUGAUUCUGUCGGUUUGGGAAGUAAUAGUGGCGUUGCUGGUGGUGGUGCUGUGUCGGAACCGCCGGCUAAAAGGAACCGUGGAAGGCCACCGGGUUCUAGCAAGAGACAGAUGGAUGCAUUAGGAGGAGUUGGAGGAGUGGGGUUUACUCCUCAUGUGAUCACCGUCGAAGCCGGUGAGGACAUAGCAUCAAAGGUUAUGGCUUUUUCACAGCAAGGACCACGCACAGUCUGUAUUCUCUCUGCAAAUGGUGCCAUCUCUAAUGUUACACUCCGCCAACCUGCAAUGUCUUGUGGUACAGUGACAUACGAGGGACGCUUUGAAAUUAUUUCUUUAUCAGGUUCCUUCUUGCUUUCUGAAAAUAAUGGUAGUCACAGCAGGAGUGGUGGUUUAAGUGUCUCCUUGGCUGGAUCUGAUGGUCGAGUAUUAGGUGGUGGAGUUGCAGGGAUGCUACACGCAGCAUCACCAGUUCAGGUCAUUGUUGGCAGCUUUAUUGCUGAUGGGAAAAAACAGAGCCAAGAUGUUUCCAAAACAGGACCUUCGUCCAUGCUAACAUCAAGUAUGCUAAAUUUCGGAGCUCCAGGGUUGACAGGGAGUCCUCCUUCGCAAGGUGGCUCAAGUGAGUCGUCUGAUGAGAAUGGUGGUAGCCCUCUUAAUCGAGGGUCUGGGUUCUACGGUAACUCUGCUCCGUCUAUUCAUAAUAACAAUAUGCAAAUGUACCAACUUUGGACUGACCACACUCAACAAUGAAGAUGCUUCUGAAUUAAACAGUAGAUCAGAGGGGGCAUAACAAGCUAUGGAUCAAAUUCCAAAUGCUAACAUGCAUUAAAGAAUAGGAAUGGUAGAAAAUCAACUUCUUGUAGAUCAAGUUAUCGGUUCAGUUUAAGUAGUUGUCGAGAUAUAUCUUCACCUCACUGGGAAAACAUGGCCUGCUGUUGAUAGCUGAGAACAUUCCACCAGUUUCUAAGAAUCUAAAAUUUACUUAUUCAGAGUAUUGCUUCUGCUGUGGUUUCUCUUGUUAGGUAUCAGAUAUAAUCCUCAAUUUAAAGAAUAGUGAUAUAUGGGGCAGUCCUCGAUAGUUUUGAGUGGAAUUGCUUGUUACCAUUGACCUACCUCCUCCUCCUGCGGAUAAUGUAUUGUUUUAUGGGAAAGGUGUGAACACCAGCACUGCCAUUUUGGGGAGCCACAAUUAGACAAUAUAUUGCUUGAGAAUUAAUUUGUUAAAUGACAGAUGUAGGCUGUUGAACAGUCUGUUAGUUUCGAGUA